UUUACGUCCACGAAUAUCGGAACAAUAUUCUUGAAAAAUCCCGUGAAAGUAAGGUAUCAGAGGUGAUCUAUAGAUACCAGCCUACCUUUUAAAUUUGAUCAUUCAACUUGCACAACUCUCAAGUGGGGUUGAGUGAGGUAAUAAUCAACAAAACAUGCAGUUCUCUUAGUCUGAAGUCUUUGAGUGAAGAUAACAAAGGUGCCUGAAAAUGUGUUGAAUAGUUUCGAAAUUGUUCUUGACUCUAAUCUGUUGAUUCAACUUAAGCAAUGAUGAGGAUUAUUAUAGUUUUUUGCUGCGCCUUUGUAGUGGUUAAAUGUCAAGUUGAUUUGAGGAGGCACUUCGGAUAUUGUCGAAAAAAUAGCACCAACUUUGACAAUUGUGUCAGGGAUAGCAUCAACAAGCUCAGGCCCUAUUAUAAGUCAGGUUUGCCAGAUUAUGGGAUAUCACCGCUGGACCCCUUCUACGCUGAAGAGGUGACCCAGAAGAGGAGCAACUUAUUAUUCAACUACAAGCUGGUCUUGCGAAAUGUGACAGAGGCUGGUUGGUCCGUUUCAGAAAUGACCAAAUUCAGAUGUGACUUCCAAAACGAUCUCAUUCAGUACACUCAAACGUUCCCAGACAAAAAGUUGAAUGGUUGGUACGAAAUUGAUGGUACCUUCAUGGGACGCCCAAUGUCCAACAAGGGCUCUUGGAGUUUGGGAUUGUACGACUUCGUUCAAACAACAACGAUAACCAGGAAACCCCAGAAGGACCAACGAGGCAAAUAUGUCCCACAUCCACCGCUGAAAGUAAAGGUCAAUAUACAGAACUCCAAAAAGCUGGAACUUCAUAUCGGACACUUAGCUGGAGGAAGGAGGAUAGUAGAAAACAUGCUGGAUUGGAUUAUCAACAGCGCCUGGCAGCCAGGAUUCGUUGUUUUGAGUCCUCUAAUCAAUGAUUUGGUUAGCACUGCAUUUACGAAAAUAAUGAACGACAACUUCCAGAAUUUUCCUCUUGAGCAGAUCUUUCCUUACUGAAAGGAAACUAGUCAGUUAGCUAAGGAAUACUAAGAGAUUUUCAGCUGUAGAGUUACUAUACAUAGCGUUACGAUUUCUCGAAACUGAGUAAAAAAUUCUACUUCUCAGUUUAUUCGAUAGUUAAAACUUAAAAUUUAAUCGUGACUCUUUCAAGAAUGAUUCGAAUAUUGAACAGUUCAUUUCAAUAUAGCCAUGAUACAAUUUCUCCGAGGCUUUCUUGGACGAAUGAUGAGAACCUAGUAAGAUAACAGUUGAUAUUUUUGUCUGUUACUUGUCCUAGUAAAUCCAUACAAUGAAGAAAAAAAAUAGUAUCUAUACUGAUUCCCCAUUCAAUGACAAACAUUGGCAUUAUAUUCCUUUUGUCGAUGAGAAAAACUCCAGUUUUAAAUAAACUUCAAUUAUCGAUUUUAAGAAACAAACA